AUGCCACCAUCCAUGUUCGUCCUUGCGGUUCUACGUAGACGUGAAAUUUUGCAGCAUUUAAAUGUAAUAUUUUUGGUUCCAGUGCACGUUAGUGGUCCUAAGAUCAAGGGUUUCUUCAUCCAAGCCAUUGACGACGACUACAAACCCAUCGGAUCGUUCAUUAAGAACGACUACUCGAAGCUCCACGACGAGUGUUCAGCCAUCACGCACUCUCACCCUGGACCCAAAAAAGACGUUUCCUUCAUCUGGAAGGCUCCCCAACAUGGACACGGAGGCAAUGUUUACUUCAGAGCAACCAUCCUGGAGGAAUACGACAAGUAUUGGUCGAAAGUUUUCGCCAAGGUCCUUCGACCUCCUCACUUUUAAUUCAUUCACCAACAUUUCCUCUAUGUUACGUAACAAGUUUCUAUGAGAAAAGUAAUAACUAAUUAACACUAGAUGAAUUCUAUACAACGGCUUGAAUAUAUUGAAAAAAAACAUUUAUAUUUUUAAUCUGAAAAAUGUGCAUAAUAUUCUUUACGAAAAUCUAAAUUAUAAUAUUGUUUAUAAAUGUUGUGGCAAUUUGAAUAAUAAUUAAUUAUUGAUAAUAUUGACUAGUAGUAUCCAUGGACCGGAAAGAAAAUGCAAUUUCUCACUUGUUCACGUUUAGCUAUCCUUGAAGGGAAUGCUGUAUCCUCCAAUGUAUUUGUUAUAUAUUCGAAAAGAUCGAAAAAACUACUUAAAACAAAGACUGGGGGAAUCUCUCAACUUUUCGUCCUUUAGCUUUAGAUAGAGCGAAGCAUUUUACGAAUUUAUAGAUUAAAAUACACAUACUUUUUUACGGCGGGAACAUUCAAAUUUUAUGAAAAUAUUUAAUUACAUAAUAAGCCCUGAUGCGUAGGACAUCAAACCAUACAUUGAUAUUUUAAUAUUAUGUUCUAUAUUGAUUUAAAUUGAGCUACGACUUUUCUUCAGUAUUAUCUCUGUGUGAUAAAUAAAUGAUCAGAAUCCGAAAAAAUUAUAUUUUAUGUAAGUCACAUAUUGCAAAUCGGUGAGAGUGUUAGAAUAAAUUGUGGAAAAAAUGUCCUAAAAAAUUAUCUGCGAUAAUUUAUCAUAGCGUUGUUUUAUUACUGCACCAAUUACUAUUUUUUCGAAUAUAUCUUCUUUUUU